UCGACAACCAGCUGGCGGGGAGAGCGACUGAUUAUUCUGCCCGCCCGGGACUACACCAAGGAACAACACUGGGACAAUUUUGAGAAUUAAUGAUUUUAUGCUUGCUUCGGGGCUCAGAAAUGACAAUCCGCUCCGGCGCAGGGUAUGCUGCGAAAUUGAGGUAAAGCCCAAGACACAGGCAUCCCAGCCUCGUCAAUAACAGCUCGUGGGUACCGAAGCAUUCCAAUUUCAUUGGCUAACAUCGUGCGUUGUGGAUGCCAGUGAUUUUUCGUUUACUUGUACAUGUCGUUUAUUUGUACAUGUCCACCUUUCUCGUUCUGUAUUUAAAUGCGUCUGCUUGGCUAAGACAGGACUCGCUUCUCACCAUGCUAUUUAUGGGGUUAGUAUUUUUUUCUCAACGGAACAGCCAACACCUCAGAGGCAUAUGAAGGAGGGAUAUGACAACGAUUCCACACAUCCCGAAGGAGUCUGCUCAGAGAAGAAUAUGAAAAAGCAAGACAUUGGAGAGACCAUCCAUUUUGUGUCAGGAGAAUAUUUUGAUGAAGGAGACACUGGGAUAAUUAUAGAAACGGGAGCCUCUGGAUAUACAUAUAUCGACAUGGGGAGCACCCAGCUCUGAAAAUACAUGUUGGGCUUAUUAAUUGUAUGAUUAUAAUGACUAUAGGCUAAUGGUUGGAACAUAUCCAAAACAAAAUCAUAAAAAUGUGAUGGCAUCUUGUCGGGAAAAAUGCAAUAGGAAAAGAUGACCCAGAAAUCGGAAUCGCCCUGUCAUCCAUCUGUGCCUUCAGCAUCAUGUUAUGAGGUGGAGUGGCUGCGAGAGAAUAUCAAUUGAAUUGUACAUGGAUAUCGCUGAUUUCUAGCCCUAUGCCGUUUUUUAAAUUCAUAUUUCAUAAUGUAACUGACUUUUACAUAUUUAUUUCAAGGCCAACAUUGAAUUAUUGUGUCUAUCGGGAUCGUAUCCAUUCCACUUGGUCUCCAAGUGUCAAAUUAAAUUCAUCUAAUUGAGAAUUUAAAGGGCGCAACCUCGAUAUAAUCAAGAGUUAUUUUUCGAACCAAGCAAACAUCCCGUUUCACACAGAUAGGGGGGAAGGUACCAGUAACAGAAAAGUCGCUGGUUCGAAUCCCCGAGGCGACUAGGUGAAACAUCUGUCGAUGUGCCCUUGAGCAAGGCACGUAACCUUAAUUGGUCCUGUAAGUGGCUCUAAAUAACAGCGUCAGAUACAUUACUAAACUGUAAAUAUAGAUACUGCAUAUAACUGAUUUGAAUAUAUGGCCUAUCCAUGCAUGAAGAGAAGGUCGUUUGUUUUUUAUUCUAAUAUUGACCCACUGUGAUCUAUUUUUCUAUUUUUCUCAAUGUUAUUUGUCCAUGCUCCGCCACAAAUUUCUGGAUAAAAAAUCGGACUGCGGGUUUAUCACCCUGAAUAGAAACCAUAUGUGGCCCACUUGAUUUGAAACAAGUGUCUUUUCCAUUACUGAGGAUAUUUUUCUUACUCGGCCAUUAGUCUAACUUUCAAGUGCGAUAAGCUUUUUUAAUGCUUGCAGUCUGAUUUUUAGUGAGUGCCAUCAACAGAGGUGGAAUUGAUGACACAUCUGUACACCGCUGUUGUAUUCCGAGGAUAUUGCACUGUACAAGCCACGAGCACUAGGCUAUUACAGUCACGGGGAAUUCGACACGUUUCAAGUGCGCUGUCAGUGGGUUUUUGGCUGUUUCGCUCGAAAUGUGGAGAGUUUUAUUGUAGGAGUGCCUCACGACGCGUCGAGAUUUGCCAGGAAAAGAAAAGGAAGGGGAUAUGAAUCCAAGAAGAAGAUGAUGAUGAUGAUGCUGGAUACACAGAAUACGACCCAGGAGAUCGGUGAGGAGGUGGAGGACGGGGCGGUGUACACCAUCACCCUGCGGAAGGUUCAGAUGCUCCACCACCACCACCAUCCUGGCCAUCACAGUGGCGGCAGCGGGGCUAGUAAGGGCCAGCGCUGGCUGGGUGUAGAGACUGACGCGGCCCUCAGCCUGUACGAGACGUGCAAGGUGCGCACCAUCAAGGCAGGCACGCUGGAGAAGCUGGUGGAGUACAUGGUCCGGGGCAACGAUUCCACCUACGUCACCAUCUUCCUCUGCACCUACCGCUCCUUCACCGCCACCAAGCAGGUCCUGGACCUACUGCUCAACAGGUAUGCCAAACUCCAGCUUGGAUCAGAGGGCCACAGACUGACUCACGACGAUCGUACAGAACUGAGGAACACAAUAUCCUCCAUCUUGGGGGCGUGGCUGGACCAGUAUUCUGAGGACUUCUGGAAGCCUCCGGAGUACAGCUGCCUGCGACGGCUAAUCUCCUACCUGCACCUCAACUUCCCAGGAUCGGACCUGGAACGCCGCGCCUGCAACCUCCUGACACACUUCCACCGCCGACAGCUCCAGGAGCCCGAGCACGAGUUGCUGGACCAUGGUGGCUAUCCGUUCACCCUACUGGAGGAGAAUGGCUACGAGGAUGAGCAGCUGGACUUCCUGAACUUUGACCCAGCGGUGGUGGCCGAGCAGUUCACCCUCAUGGACGCGGAGCUCUUUAAAAAGGUGGUUCCCUACCACUGUCUGGGGAGUAUUUGGUCGCAGCGGGAUAAGAAGGGCAAGGAACACCUGGCCCCCACCAUCCGUGCCACCGUCACCCAGUUCAACUGCGUCACCAACUGUGUCAUCGCCACAUGCCUGAGCGAGCGCUCGCUCAAACCCACGCAGCGCGCCAAGCUGGUGGAGCGCUGGAUCGAAGUUGCCAGGGAGUGUCGAAUCCUGAAGAACUUUUCUUCACUGCGGGCUAUCCUCUCUGCUCUGCAGUGCAACCCGGUCCACCGGCUGAAGAGGACAUGGGACGAGGUGUCCAGGGAGAACUUCCGCAUCUUCCAUGAGUUGUCAGAAAUCUUCUCUGACGAGAAUAAUCAUUCGCUCAGCAGAGAGCUGCUCAUUAAGGAAGGCACGUCCAAAUUCGCCACCCUGGAAAUAAACCCCAAACGAGCCCAGAAGAGACAGCAGCAACCCCGAGACCUGAGUGUGAUGCAGGGGACCAUUCCCUACCUGGGCACUUUCCUUACAGACCUAGUCAUGAUGGACACAGCCAUGAAGGACUACCUGGACGGAGGGCUGAUCAAUUUUGAGAAGAGGAGGAAGGAGUUUGAGGUGAUUGCCCAGAUCAAGCUUCUGCAGCUGGCCUGCAACAACUAUAACUUCACCCGAAACAAGCGUUUCCGAGAGUGGUUCUCCGGUGUGGACAAACUCACAGAGGCUGAGAGUUACAGCCAGUCAUGUGAGAUCGAGCCAUUGUCAGAGUCAGCCUCCAACACUCUCAAGAAGAAGAACACAGGAAUCAUCAAACGCUGGAGCGAUCGCCAGCCUGCCAGCUCGGAGCCAGGCUGCAGCAGUGCGGGCAGCUCCCACUCCAAGUCCUUUGACCAGCUGCGUUACGCCCCCUGCCUGGGGGGCUCGGGUGGAGGUGGAGGGGGUGAUGGAGCGGACUCCCUGAGUGUCACCUCCGCUGGCUCCAGCAGCUCCGAUGUGGAGGAGAUCAAUAUCAGCUUCAUCUCCGACUCACCCGAUGUCCACGAGCGAAAGACCUCCACGCCUUCCGUAAAACAUUCCAAUUCCACAUUAGGGAAGUGCGGCCCCUUGCCUGACCUGGCACCCACGUUCUGGGAGUCCACCUCUCUGUCCUCCUUGGAUGCCUCUGGUCUGGGCUCUGGCUCGGGCUCCAGUAGCGCCUCCUCCUCCUCCAUGUCCUCCACGCCAGUGGCGGGUGCGGGCUCCCGCUCACACAAGCGCUCCGUGUCGGGCGUGUCCAGCUACUCGUCGCUGUCACUGCCCCUCUACAACCAGCAGGUGGAUGACUGCUGCAUCAUCCGUGUCAGCCUGGACGUGGACAACGGCAACAUGUACAAGAGCAUCCUGGUGACCAGUCAGGACAAGACGCCGGCGGUGGUCAGGAAGGCCAUGGUGAAACACAACCUGGACCGGGAGAGAGCGGAGGAUUACGAACUGCUGCAGAAGAUCUCUGAGGAGAAAGAGCUGAAGAUUCCAGACAAUGCCAAUGUUUUCUAUGCCAUGAACUCUUCGGCCAACUACGACUUUGUCCUGAAGAAACGCGGCUUCCCCAAGGUGGGCCGGACCAAGCACGUGGCCAGCUCCACCCUGCCGCGAAUGAAGCAGAAAGGCCUGAAAAUUGCAAAGGGCAUCUUCUGAGGGGCAAUGCCAUGUCACCAGAAACCCUCACCCACCUCCCUGCUUCCUGCUGGGCCUUCUGGGUGCCACCCCUGCUGUGCCAUGGUAGAGGGGCCUGUUACCAGCUUGGCCGUGUUCAGCAUCUGAGCGUGAAAGCCUCAGAGGACUAAUAAAGCUGAAUGGAAUGGAAAUCCCUAUUGGCCAAUGAACUUGCACUCAACUCCAUUUUGCGAGGCAGGUGACUGUCCUUGUGGAAGUAGUGACUCUGUGUGGAUGCUAUGUAUGCUUACCCACAUCUGACCCCUCUCCCAGGUGUUUCCUAACCAGGCUACAACCCAUGUUCAGGUCACUUCCUGUGAGUCCACAUCACUUCCUGUUAGCUUCACAGCUCUCUGUGGAUGCCCUAAUCGAGAGGGGAAAACCUGAGUAAAAAUAUAACUAUGUCAUCUAGGUGCGUAGGAAAAUGAAUUCCUCCCCUCUGAAGGAGUUACACUCCCUCUAGUUUCUAUAGACCUCUCCCUCAGCAAAGGUUCAGGUACUAUUUUUUUACAAUCCUUUCUAGACUACCAUCAACUGCAUCUGUUUCUUUCAUGUUCCGCGACACGCGGACUGAGACAGAUGGACAGAUGCUCAGUACUGCCAGCUAGCGGAGGGAAACGCGUUCCAACGAACCACUAAAAGGAUUUUGGGAGAGAAAGGCCCCUACUGGAUAGAUACAUUGGGUUGUUAACCAAUCAUCAGAAACUUUACUCCUUUUAACUUCUCACUGCUAAUGGGAACAUGUCCAGUUUGUUAAACUAACACUAUUCACACAAAUAGGGCAUUAUUAUUACUACAAACAUUCAAUAAUAGCUAAUUUGGUCACUGCUUUGAUGCGGCGGCACUCUGCAUUUGUGCAUUGCGUCUUAUUUCUCCAAGUGGUGCUAACAGACAAUGAAAUGCUACAGCCAGCCCGCUCCCUCCCUCCCUCCCUCCCCUUUUAUUUCAUGCCUGAUGUCUUUCAGUUUCACACUAGAGUUUGAGAGAGAGGCUCUCUCCUGACAUGAAGGAGUAGGCAGCCAUGAGGGCUCAAUGAUGAUGGUUCAUGGAAAUAGUGCAACUGAGGCAUCCAGCAUGCAUUUUGGUUCAGUAUUUGUAUUUGUAUUUGUUUUAAUGGGUGCAUUUCUGGGAAGCCAAAAAAAGUGAUGUGGCCAGUUAGAGUACAUUAUGGUGACCUGAAAUGCACAUUAUGGUGACCUGAAAUGCACAUUAUGGUGACUUGAAAUGCACAUUAUGGUGACCUGAAAUGCACAAAGUCGGGCGGCCAUUGCGGCUCAAACACGAUGGCACUAAAUGGCUUCUCCUCGAUUGGCAAUGCCUUAGAGAGUAGAACUGCCUACAUGUGAGCCGAAUGGCACAAAAUGGCUGUUGUUGGCAUGGUGACCACUCCCUCAGAUCAUCAAGAAAGUUAGCUCCGAGCCAUUUGAUGGACCCCAAUGUGUGCUAGACCCUCUUGUCAAUGACUUGCAGGAGGAGAGAAAUGUAUGUAAAAGGACACUCUGCUCCCUUUUAACUAGAAGUGCGUUUGUGGAAAGUACUCAAGCACUCGGAGAGAGAGAUGUAUGUUGUAUUGUGAAACGAAGCGUGGUUUUUAAAUGUCCAGUCUUUUUGUUCCCUAUAGUGUAACGAAGAAGAAACGAGAAUGAAAGGACUGUCCCUUUUGUUUGCUCCCUUCCUUUCAUCACAAGGCCUUUCAUCCUUGUGUACCAGGGUUGGAGGUCAACUUCAUUUCAAUUCAGUUAAAUCAGCAGAUAAAUGAAAAAGAGGAAGAGAAAGUACAACUCAACUAAAACAUUGUCAACUCCACGUGUGCCAAAGACCGGUGGACUAUGAUGAAGUAUGAGGUGGUUUUGGGAGCAUUGAGAUUGGAAGUGGAGGGAGUGAGUUUGCCUGCUGUUGAAAGGCUCAGAAGUUGUGUGAUUCUUUGUGUAUGAGAUGAGUCCUUGGUUUGUAGUACCCCAUGUCUAUCCAUUUCCUACAGUAUUGCAGCACUUUGGAUCAAACCUAAUAACAGCAGCCAUGACAGUAGUGUUGUGGAUUACAGUGUUAAAACUCAAGCCUUUGCUCAAAGAGUUUUCUGAAACUAGUGACUUUUUGACUGUGACCGUGUCACACUGAGUACGGUUACAUGCACACAAUAAUACAAUUAUUGUGAAUAGUCAAAUUAAUAUAAUAGUUUGAUUAAAACGUUUACAUGCUUUGCAAGAAUAAAUGAUUUCCCUCAUACUUGUGUUUACAUGGAGCCAUCUGAAAUCAGACAACCUGGUGGGACUUUGAUAAAUGCAGAAUAUCAGCAAUCAAAAUAAACGUUCUACCACAGCGACCAUGUUAUCUUUGUAAAGCAUAGUUGAUUCUGAGUUUGGACAUACAAUGUUUAUGUGAAAACGACUUCUAAGAUGUGUACUUUAGGUUUUUCCUAACUCACUUCACUCGUGCAAAACAAGGAAGCUCGCCCUGCUUGCGCUGACACACGCACAGACACAGAUCAAACACAUCGCUAUAACUGAUUAAAGCGUUUACAUGUCCUACAUUUUUUAAGGAUGUCUCAGAAAAUCAGGUGUUUUAAUUGGCGUAUGCUUACUUCGAAUAUGGCCGUAUGCCGAUUAAGAUGAGCAGAGUAAGGUGUUUACAUGACUAAUGCCAUACAUACUCAGCCUUCUGCCAUAAUCAGUUUAACAUCAAAUUAUUCAUGUGCUUGUAACCGUACACAAUGUGUCAUGUGCAAGACAGUAAAUGUUCUAAUAGGGACAUGGGAUUGCAUCUCUAUCAGAGGGCACAUCUAAACUGGCUAUACUUCAUUUUUAUAGCCUUUUUACACUAUUGUGCUAACCUGAACCGUAGUGUGCUGGCUCGAUCUGAUAUUUUCUUUUGACAUGGUACGUAACCAGGCCAACGCAGUACAGCUUGGCUCAGCUCAGUACAGCAAAAAGGGUAUGUCAAAUGCCACAUAAAUCCUAUAACACGCCACAGCAAUCGUCAGACUACAUUUCACAACAAACGCGUGAUGUGCCUAACAGUAAAGCCAUGGAAAUGGUUUCAUGUGCUAUGAUGAUCGUGUUUCACAUGUCAGUUAUCAGAAACAUGGGUGGUCAUAUUUAUCGCAUGUUAGUACUGCAUUAUGAAUGCAUUACGUCAGUAUAAUAUAAGUGAAGUGAGUUUCAUGCUUUCAAGUGUGCUGGUUGGUGGUGGUGUUGAAAAGGACGCUGUAUGUUUGUGGAUGUUGGGGUCCGGUAGUCUACUGUGAUUACAUGUGAUUUGCUGGACUUCAUAUUAGUGGUGUUGAUGGAAGUUGCCCCUAAGCCCUGAUUCAAGGUCAGCGUCUAUUUCUACAUCCUAUUAACAAGCUUAGGAUUUGUGUUGGGAAAGCUGAACCUGGAUCUGCAGUUAAAUACUUUUUGUGGUUGAUCAAUGAGUGAGUGAGAGAUGGAUUCUUUAACUGGAGAUCCUUAAACUUUUGUGAAAAAUCAUGCAUUUGUGUCAAUGGGAGAUUUACACUUAAGUUUCCAGUUAAUGUCAGUAAACGUUCAUCCCGGAUUGUGUGCUUAUCUUUAUUUUUUGCUAAUGUCUUUGUGCCCUCCCCAGCUACCCAGCCUAUCUACACUGAGUGUACACAACAGUAGGAACACUUUCCUAAUACCGAGUUGCACACCCCUUUUGCCCUCAGAACAGCCUCAAUUCGUUGGGGCAUGGACUCUACAAUGUGUUGAAAGCGUUCCACAGGGAUGCUGGCCCAUGUUGACUACAAUGUUUGUCACAGUUUCAAGUUGGCUGGAUGUCCUUUUGGUGGUGGACCAUUCUUUAUACACACAGGAGACUGUUGAGCUUGAAAAACUCAACAGCGUUGCAGUUUUUUGACACACUCAAACCGAUGCACCUGGCACAUACUACCAUACCCCGUUCAAAGGCACUUAAAUAUUUUGUCUUGCCCAUUCACCCUCUGACUGGCACACAUACACAAUAAAUGUCUCAAUUGUGUCAAUGCUUAAAAAUGCUUCUUUAACCUGUCUCCUCCCCUUCAUCUACACUGAUUUGAAGUGGAGCUUUCAACUGGAUUCACAAGGUCAGUCUGUCAUGGAAAGAGCAGGUGUUCUUAAUAUUUUGUACACUCAGUGUAUAUAUCAGAGGUGGAGAGGGGGAUCUGACAAAAAGAUGUCAGCAUUUCAGGUUUCACAAAUGCUAGUCUGUGUGUGUACGUGACACACACACUCUUCUGUGUCUAUUGUAAAUGAAGGGCCAAAGACUGCACCUCUCCACCUAUCUCUCUAAGUUAGUCCCUCAGAAACCCAGACUGAUCAGGAAUAUGUCACCUUGCCUCAACCUCUCACAAUGAUCAUCCUUAAAACCUUUGUGCCAUCGCUCUCCGUCACUGUCAAAGGCUCUGAACGUUCUAACGAUUACCUGUUCAGUGUUUUUUCUAUGUUCUUUUUGUAUUUUUUGUAUAUUAAAAGACUCAAUGUCCUUUG